AUGCUUGAUUAAGAACAAUUAUUGAUUCUAAAUAUUUUCAAAUUGACAGAUUAUGAGAUUAUCAGACCACUAAAAUACUAAAUUAAUGAUUAAUAUUUUAGUUUGGGUGUGAGUUAUGGUUCCAAAAGCUUUAUUUUAUUAUUCGCAAUUAAAAAUUUAUUUCCACUUUAGUUAAUAAAUAAUAUUCAAAUAGGAAGACUUAAUUUUUUGCUUUUAGAAUAGUAUUUGCUGUAUUAGGAUUAAAAUGAUGUUUUAAUUUUGUUUAAUUUUGCAGAAUUUGAGGUCUAAAUUGAUAAUUUUUAAUCUGAAAAUAUUACCGAACGAUAAUAUAAUUUUCAUGUGGUUCCUAUAGAUUCAAAAAAUUCUCCUCUGAAUUUAUCAUUCACUUUACAGUAUUACAACAAUUGCUAUAAAUUGAUUUCAAAAUCUAAACAUGCUUUAUUAAAUUAUUCUAAAAAUAAUACAACUCAAAUUUAAACAAGUAAAUAUUUUUUUGGUCCUAUCGACCAACUUACAAUAGUAGAAAAGGAAAAUUUUAGAAUCGAUGGCCCAUUAAUUCUUUCUGAACUGACGUUAUCAGACAAUAUUCCCAAAGAAUUUAAAAUAAAAACUAUUGAACAAGAGAAAAUUUUCACUAAUGCUCCGAACAUUAAAAUGAAAUUGGUAUAAUUUGAAAAUAAGUCAAUAAUUCUAAUUAAUAACUUAGAUUAAUUUAAAGUUGACUAUGAAACCGAGCUUUUAGUUAAUAUGUUUUAAAUAAAUGAAUAAUCUAUUUUAUUUUUGUUUCUUUCUGACCAAUAAAGAAUAAAUGGAAGGAUUUAUUUAAUAGAUGAGAUAAAAUGUAAUUUAAGAUAGGAUCCUAUAUUUAAAAUAAAUAUAAGUUAUUAAACCUCAGAUCCAGUUCUAUAAAGUUUUAGAACUGGAAAUUUAAUUGUAAUUCAAACUUAAAAUGAAUUAUUAGUUUAUUAAAUUGUUGAAUUUAGCAUUAAGAAGAUCGACCUCGAAUUUUAAUUUAAUAACUUUCUUAAGAUCAAUGGAUAUAAUUAACUCUAUAUAUCACAAACUUUCAAGAAUAACAUGAAAAUGCUCCUUUUUCAAAUUCUACUUUUUAAUGGAUUUCAAUUUGAAAUAUAAGGAACGGCAACUUUAUAAAUGACUUUUAUGUUCAGUUCACUAAAAAAGCAACUUAAACUAACCUAAUUAGAUUUUCUAAAUGAAUUUUCCUAAUAUUAUUUCUUAGAAUGUAUAAUUGAGGAUGAAACAGCAAAACUCUUACUCUUGUAGAUUAUCAAUAGAUAUAUAAUUAUAAGUGAAAUUUUUAUCACGAUGUAAAAUUUUGAAAUUUCUUACAGUCCAUUAAAAUUUAUACGAAAUAGUGCUAAUUUUGUUAGUCUACAUUUAGAAUACUAUUAUGAAAAUAAAUUAAUUCUAAGGUCAUCUUCUGAUGAAACAUUCUUUUAUGAUUUAUCAGAGCAAUAAAAUCUAUAUGAUUAUAUUGGAAAAUAGUCAGAAUCCAAAAAUUAGUAUCACAAACUUAAUACUACACAUUUUCUCAUAUACGAACCUAGGGACGAUAAGAUUUUCAUUGCAACAAUUGGUUAUCAAGUUUAAAUUGAUACAGAAUAUGAAGGAAAUAAAUCAUUUACAUUAGAGGCACAAAACAGGUUAUCACAAAUAAAAUUAACAGUAUAAAUUUAAGAUAUCGAUGAUGAUCAGAUUGAUGAUAAAAACAGUGUAAUAAUCUUCUUAUUGAUAUUUUUUGUGAUUUUUGUUUUAUAUUUUCUUAUUCGAAGAAUGAGAUUAAAGCAUAGAUAGGUUAAGAACUAGAAUUUUUCUGGCCUUUAAUGA